GGUUGUUUCUCCCGUUUCUUCGAUUGUCAAGUUGGGUAGUGGAAGCGACCCUUUCUGAGGUGUUAGGACACUAACAUCAUAGGUUGCUGAUUUCCAAAUUCUGGCAUAUUUUGGAAAUGCCUACGAUGAAUGUGGAUGUGAAUCAGAAUGGAAACCCCGGAACUACUGACCUCCUUGAUGCCUCGGCUGAACUUGAAGAGUUUGAUUUCUCAAAGUUGUCUGACAAGCCAAGGCCUCUGAAUAUCGAAAGGCAGAGUUCUUGUGAGGUCAUGUUACUCGGUGAAUUAUCUAGUCUGUCACUCCCACCUAUUUCUCUCAGAAAUGCUGAUAUUUCUUCCCACAAAGUUGAGCAUGAGGAUCAUAUAGGAUCAGUUCUUAAUACUCCAAGACCACAAACCGUAUCUGAGCCACAUCAAAUGGUUGCUGAAGCUAGGGAAGCCUUGAAUCAGUCAUUGGUGUAUUUCCGUGGUCAACCAGUUGGGACAAUUGCAGCAUUAGAGAAUUCUGAGGAAAAAUUGAAUUAUGAUCAGGUGUUUGUAAGAGACUUUGUCCCAAGUGCAUUGGCUUUCUUGAUGGAAGGGCGACCCGAGAUAGUAAAGAACUUCAUUUUGAAGACUCUUCGCCUUCAGUCAUGGGAGAAAAAGAUUGAUAGAUUUCAGUUAGGGGAAGGAGUGAUGCCAGCUAGUUUCAAAGUGCUCCAUGACCCUGUUAGGAAACAUGAGACUUUAGUGGCAGAUUUUGGGGAGACUGCAAUAGGAAGAGUUGCUCCUGUUGACUCUGGAUUUUGGUGGAUAAUUUUGCUACGGGCAUAUACCAAGUCUACUGGAGACACUUCAUUGGCUGAAAUGCCAGAAUGCCAGAAGGGGAUGCGCCUAAUUCUGAGUUUAUGUCUCUCAGAGGGGUUCGAGACCUUCCCUACUCUUCUCUGUGCUGAUGGGUGCUGCAUGAUUGAUCGUAGAAUGGGUGUAUAUGGGUAUCCUAUAGAAAUCCAAGCACUUUUCUUCAUGUCUUUAAGAUGUGCUUUGCUUCUACUCAAGCAUGAUCAGGAAGGCAAAGAGUUCAUAGAUCGAAUAGUUAAACGUCUUCAUGCCCUAAGCUAUCAUAUGAGAAGUUACUUUUGGCUAGACAAGAAGCAACUGAAUGAUAUAUAUCGGUAUAAAACCGAGGAGUACUCUCACACAGCAGUUAACAAGUUCAAUGUAAUUCCUGAUUCUCUUCCAGAUUGGGUUUUUGAUUUUAUGCCAGAUUGUGGAGGCUAUUUCAUUGGUAAUGUUAGCCCUGCAAGAAUGGAUUUUCGUUGGUUUUGCUUGGGCAAUUGCAUUGCAAUUUUAUCAUCAUUGGCAACUCCUGAACAGUCCAAUGCAAUUAUGGAACUUAUAGAAGAACGGUGGGAGGAAUUGGUUGGAGACAUGCCCUUAAAAGUUUGUUAUCCGGCCAUAGAAAACCAUGAAUGGCGGAUUAUCACAGGAUGUGACCCCAAAAACACCAGAUGGAGCUACCACAAUGGAGGAUCGUGGCCAGUGCUUCUAUGGUUUCUCACGGCAGCAUGCAUAAAGACUGGACGUCCACACAUUGCAAGAAAGGCCAUUGAAAAAGCUGAAACCAGGUUGAUGAAGGACAGCUGGCCUGAAUAUUAUGAUGGAAAGCUUGGUCGGUAUAUAGGGAAGCAGGCGAGGAAAAACCAGACCUGGUCCAUUGCUGGUUAUUUGGUGGCAAAGAUGUUUCUGGAAGACCCAUCUCAUGUUGGUAUGAUAACUCUGGAAGAAGACAGACAAAUGAAGCCAGGACUCUUGAAAAGAUCAAAUUCAUGGACAUGUUAGCCACCUUCCCUCUUUAGUCUCUAACAAAAUAUAUCUGUUAAUCACACAACUUUUGAAGAAGAAAAAGGAAGAAGCGGAGUCAAGUUAAAUACCCCCAUAAGGAUUUUGUAGAACCUAUAAUAUCAUUUUGUUGCCUUUUUUUACUUUUAGUGGGAUUCAUUCAAAGGAAAAGAGAAAUGUGUGGAAAUGAAAUUCCUUUUGUGGU